AUGGACAAAUUGAUUCAAUAAAAUGAAUCUAAAGAUAAUAAAAAUGGAUAAUAAAACAACAAAAAUGAUCAAAGAAAUUAAAACAAUGAUCAACCAUAACCACAAUAACCAUUAAAACCAAUAAAACCAGAGAGAAUGAUCUUGAGAAUGCAAACUGGUAAAGAUGGUAUGAACUUUGAGAGUAUGGCUGAAGAAUCUGAAUAAAAGAAUAAUAUUUCUAAGAUUUUAAAAGAAGUUCUUUCAUAGUGA